AUGGCAACUGAUAAAGAUGAACAUAAAGAGGAUGUAGCUAUUUUUAAAGAUAGCGGUGAAGACAAACAACUUUUGCCACAAAAACAAGUUCAGAUAAUUGAUCCAGUAAAGGCAGUAAAUUCAUUAGGAGAGUGCUGCGAAAAAGAUCCAGCUGAACAGCGAAUUAGUUUAAAAGCUUAUCGUCGUCGAUGGAUCGUUUUGUUUGUGGUAGCCUUAUUAAAUAAUAUAAAUACAAUGCUCUGGAUUGCUUUUUCACCAAUUUCUAAUCAUGUUGACACCUUUUAUGGACGUAAUUCAACAAUAUAUUUUUCUGCUGUUUAUAUUUUUGUAACGAUUCCGAUUGGAAUUUUUGCAAUGUGGGCAGGCGGAUAUUUUGGUUUUUUAAAAUUAUUUUUAAUAAUAUUUGGUGCUUUUUUAUGUCUGAGAUAUUCAAUUUUAAUUGCUGCUUGGGCAAAUGGAAUUGGGGCAUUUAUUCGUUUAGCAAGUUCAUUCUUCCCAGAUGAUAUGCCUGGUUUUCGAUUUCCUGUUGGAAUUUCCGGCCAAGCUAUUGCAGCCCUAGCCUAUCCUUUUAUUAUGUUUUUACCGACUAAAGUCGCGGCAGCUUGGUUUCCCGAUAACCAACGUACUUUGGCAACUACGAUUGGGGUUAUGUCAAAUCCUCUAGGUGUUCUCUUGGCAAAUUUAAUUAGUCCGAUGAUUGUUGGAAGUUGUGAACAUGUCAAAAUUUUAAAUAUACUUUUUUCUGUUCCCAGCAUCAUUUUAACGGUUGUUGCUUCUGUGGCAAUUACGAGUUCCGAACCAAAAAUUCCGCCAACAUUAAGUGCCAGUAAACCAAGUUAUCCAUUUAUUGAAGGAAUUAAAAAAUGUUUUACAAGUAAACAAUAUUUGGUUCUUCUUUUGGUUAUGGGAGGAGGUUUAUUUUUAAAUUCUUUAUGAAA